AUGUUAAAUUCUUUAUGCUAAGUAUGUAUAAUUGUAUAUUAGUUAGACUCUAUAAAAACUCACCUUAGCAACCAUAACUCCAAAUAAUUUCUAAAGAAAACCCCUCCCUCGUGUCCCUUUCUAUAAUAACCCUAAAACACCUCAUGUUUUCUCUUCACAACCACACAAAUUGAUCUCUCAUUUCUACAUCCUUCAUAUAUACAUUUUUUUCUACUUUAAAUACAUUUAACUCUCAAAAUCUUUCAUAUCUUCAUCUUGAUUUUCUUUUGAUAUACACCUUUAUUUUAGUACUCAUCAUGUCCAUUACUAAUGAAAAAAUGUCCAAGAAAAUUAUCCAAUGUAGGAAUAAUUCAGGAGAGAUUGAUGUUUUCGAGGCUGCAAAUUAUUUCUCUACAACACAUGAAGAUUAUUACAACAACAAUCAAAAUUUUCACAACAACAAGCAAAAUUUGAGAGGUGGAAGAAUGAGUUUUGAUAUGCCUAUAAUGAGAAAUUCUUCAUCACUUCUUGUUCCUUCACAAACAACAACUUAUAAUCAACAUCAUCAUCAAAAAUCAAUUAUGAUCAAACAAAAAGAUCAAAAGAAGUAUAAACAACCAAGUUCACCAGGAGGAAGACUUGCUAGUUUCUUGAAUUCACUCUUCAAUCAAACAUCAUCAAAGAAAAAGAAAUCAUUGAAAGAUAUUCAAGAAGAUGAUCAAAGCCCAAGUGGAAGAAGGAAAAGAAGAAGUAGUAUUAGUCACUUUAGCUUUAGAAGCUCAAGUAAUAUUAAUACUACUACUAAUACUAUUAAUAGUACUACUAAUACUACUAAUAGUACAAGUAGUGAUUCAAAAUCAUCAUCAAAUAGUGGAUUUAGAACUCCACCUCCUUAUGCACCUACUCCAACAAAAUCCUAUAAAGAUUUCAAAAGCUUUGCAUAUGGUGAUCAACAUCACAAGAAAAUCAAUAUCACUAGUGAUUAUUCUUGGUUGGAUGAGAAGUUGAGCAAGAAUAAUGGAGUUUAUAAUAAGAAUAAUACAAACAAUGGAUUGUUAUUAACAUCAUCAGACAAAAACAAGACAUAUAACAAAGUUGUUGAUGAUAUUGUUGAUGAUGUUGAUGAUGGAGAUAGUGAUUCAAGUUCUGAUUUGUUUGAUUUGCCAAAUAUUGACUUGGAUUACUAUUCAUCAAGUGGUUUGCCAGUUUAUGAGACUACACAUAUGGAUAACAUCAAAAGGGGUGCACCAAUUUCAAGUUGCGCAAUCUGAAAGGGGAGUCUUGAUGCAACAACAAAAAGUUAGGUCAUAAAAUCAAGAUGCGUAUAAUAGUUUGAAUGUGGUGAUCCGGACCGGCUAAAUCAAAUCAUUGUGCAUAGCAGAAGCUUAGUGCAUCAUAUUUGUUUUUUUUUUUUUUACAAAAUACUCAUAUUGAGUUUUAUGUUUUUUUUUUUUUUUGUGGUUGAUGUUUAGAGCCAUGAAAAAGAAAGUCUUGAUUUUCUUGUCAGGAUAUGGCCAUAGAUUUGCCUUUUUCUUUUUUAAUUUGUGAUUCUUUAGAAGUUUUUAUAAAGCUUUUUACUGUGUGUACAGUUUGAAAUGUCUUCUUUGCCUUGACUUUUAGUGCUAUGGGAGUGUAAGCA